AUGGCUUCAGUUUCAAAGCUCUUCCUCUUCACUGUUUUUUUGGCUGCAUGGGGCAUGAAAUCAACAUCCUCAUCACCACCACCACAACCACCAGCAGAACCAACUCCGAGCCUCAUGGAGCGAUUGCAAUCGAACGAGUCAUCGACUUGCUGGGACGCAAUGCUAGAGAUCCACUCGUGCAUUGGAGAGGCAGUGUUGUUCUUCCUCAACGGCGAGGCUUACAUGGGUCCGGGCUGUUGUCGUGCCAUUCGGACCAUCGUGAAUCAAUGCAGACCUGCCAUGCUUGAAAUGCUAGGGUUUACACCCGAGGAGAGCCACGUGCUUGAUGACUACUGCGAAAGAGAGGAGGUUGAGACUCCACCAUCACCGCCACCACUACCGUCUACAAUGGUGGCGGCCAAGCCUGCUGAUGAGGUGGUUUUGUUGGAAGAUUUGAAGGCUUAA